CAGGAUUUAACUUCUUAGGGAACCAGCGCUCUAACUAUGUUAAGUAUGUGCUCUUAAUACAGGCAUGGAUUAGUAUUACUUCAGAUAUUUUACAGAAGCCACGCAUCAACCUCUUUGGCCUUUGUUACUUGGUUCUCUGCUACAGAGACAGAGCUACAAUCCUGAUCAAGGGCCAUCAUCACCAAAUACUGGGUAACAGUGGGCAAAGAUAAAGGUGACAUCAUGGUGUCGGCUGGGCUCCAGCUCCUCGCUUUCAUCCUGGCCUUAUCUGGAGUCUCCGGAGUGCUCACAGCCACUCUGCUGCCUAACUGGAAGGUGAACGUGGACUCGGGCUCCAACAUCAUAACAGCCAUUGUGCAGCUGCAAGGGCUGUGGAUGGACUGCACGUGGUACAGCACCGGGAUGUUCAGCUGCACCCUGAAGUACUCCAUUCUGUCCCUCCCUGUCCACGUGCAGGCUGCACGGGCCACCAUGGUCCUGGCGUGUGUUCUGUCUGCUUUGGGGAUCUGCACUUCUACAGUAGGGAUGAAAUGCACUCGCUUAGGAGGGGACAGAGAAACAAAGAGUCACGCUUCUUUUGCUGGAGGAGUCUGUUUCGUGUCUGCAGGGAUCUCUGGUUUGAUACCAACAGUGUGGUACACGAAGGAGAUCAUAGCAAACUUUCUGGAUCUGACAGUUCCAGAAAGCAACAAACAUGAACCUGGAGGAGCCGUCUAUAUUGGAUUCAUUUCGGCCAUACUGCUGUUUAUCUCUGGCAUGAUUUUCUGCACUUCCUGCAUUGAAAAGAAUCCAGAAGCUUGGCUCUAUCCACCCAAGCAGCCACAAAUCACCACCACACAACCAGACGGCAAUUCAGCAUACAAUCUGAAAGAUUAUGUGUAAAUACUGUGUAAU